UGUUGCGUGCAGGGGCUGCGGCAGGGUCGCCCCAGCUGGGAGCCCCGCGUUUUCACCCCCAGCCCGCGGGCGGGGUACCCAGGCAGGCGGAGGAUUCCGUGGCUGCGGGCGGGCACGCCCCGCCCUCUCCCGCGCUGGACCCGCCCCCUCCCAGUCCCCCGCCCAUCCCGAGGAGCAGCCGGCGCUGAGCGCGGCAGGCGCGGGAGCUGGCGCUGGAGCCGGAGCGGCGGCGUCGGCUGCAUUCACCGGGCGGCGGCGCGGGCUCCGGCACGGGCUUGGGCUCCGGCAUGCUGCAAUCCGGCCUCGUCCCGGGAGAGAGGGGCCCGCGUGCGGGGCCGGCGCCGGGGGAGCGGCGGCAGCGACGGUGGCGGUGGUGGCUCCAGGCGCAGGCGGGCGGCAGGUGCUAGAAGCGGGGCUGGGCGAGGUGUGUGCCCGCUGGGCUCCGGGGCCGCCGCUCCCUCGCUGCCCCCAUCUUUCCCUCCCUUCGGGCUUCCCGGCGCGUCCAGCCCCUAGUAUCCGCGCUCCGGCCCAUGGAGCCCCGCGGUUGAACCGGCGCCGCCAGGGACCCCUCCCGCGGGCCUCCUCGGGGCGCGCAGAUCCCGGAGCCGCCCGCCCACCCUCCGUGGAGCCUCCCUCCCCUCCUCGCCCGAGCCGGGCGGGACCAUGGCUACGAAGCUGCGAGCGCAUCAGGUGGACGUGGAUCCGGACUUCGCGCCGCAGAGCCGGCCGCGCUCGUGUACCUGGCCCCUGCCGCAGCCCGACUUGGCCGGCGACGAGGACGGAGCACUGGGUUCAGGGGUUGCUGAGGUCUCCGAGGACUGCGGGCCCGAGCGCCGGGCGACAGCCCCGGUGAUGGCCCCAGCGCCGCCGCUGGGCGCGGAGGUUGGACCGCUGCGGAAAGCGAAGAGCUCCCGGCGGAACGCGUGGGGGAACCUGUCCUACGCUGACCUCAUCACCAAAGCCAUCGAGAGUGCCCCGGACAAGCGGCUCACGCUCUCUCAGAUCUACGACUGGAUGGUCCGUUACGUGCCCUACUUCAAGGAUAAAGGCGACAGCAACAGCUCAGCCGGCUGGAAGAACUCCAUCCGGCACAACCUGUCGCUGCACACCCGUUUCAUCCGUGUGCAGAACGAGGGCACGGGCAAGAGCUCCUGGUGGAUGCUGAACCCCGAGGGCGGAAAGACAGGCAAGACCCCGCGGCGCAGGGCCGUGUCCAUGGACAACGGGGCCAAGUUCCUACGCAUCAAAGGCAAGGCGAGCAAGAAGAAGCAACUGCAGGCACCUGAGCGAAGCCCUGAUGCUAGUCCCCCAGGCGCACCAGCCCCGGGGCCCGUGCCUGCUGCGGCCAAGUGGGCCACCAGCCCGGCCUCGCACGCCAGCGACGACUACGAGGCGUGGGCCGAUUUUCGCGGCGGCGGAAGGCCCCUGCUCGGGGAGGCGGCCGAACUGGAGGACGACGAGGCCCUGGAGGCCCUGGCGCCUUCGUCGCCGCUCAUGUACCCGAGCCCGGCGAGCGCGCUGUCGCCUGCGCUAGGUACGCGCUGCCCCGGGGAGUUGCCUCGCCUGGCGGAGCUGGGAGGUCCGCUCGGCCUGCAUGGCGGCGGCACAGGGCUGCCCGAGGCCCUGCUGGACGGCGCGCAGGACGCGUACGGGCCGCGGGCCCGCGCCGGGACGCCCGCUUACUUCGGCGGCUGCAAGGGCGGUGCCUACGGCGGUGGUGGGGGCUUCGGGCCGCCGGCGCUGGGCACGCUGCGCCGCCUGCCCAUGCAGACCAUCCAGGAGAACAAGCAGGCCAGCUUCGUCCCCGCCGCCGCGCCCUUCCGCCCUGGGGCGCUGCCCGCGCUGCUUCCGCCGCCGCCGCCGCCCGCGCCCAGGCCCGGCCCGGUACUGGGCGCGCCCGGGGAGCUGGCGCUGGCGGGCGCGGCCGCUGCCUACCCCGGCAAGGGGGCGGCCCCGUACGCGCCGCCGGUGCCCUCGCGCAGUGCCUUAGCUCACCCCAUCAGCCUUAUGACGCUGCCCGGCGAGGCGGGCGCCGCGGGCCUGGCGCCGCCGAGCCACGCUGCCGCCUUCGGGGCCCCGCCCGGCGGCCUCCUGCUGGACACGCUGCCCGGGCCAUACGCGGCCGCCGCCGCCGGGCCGCUGGGUGCCGCGCCAGACCGCUUCCCGGCCGACCUGGACCUCGACAUGUUCAGCGGGAGUCUCGAGUGCGACGUCGAGUCCAUCAUCCUCAACGACUUCAUGGACAGCGACGAAAUGGACUUCAACUUCGAUUCGGCUCUGCCUCCGCCACCACCAGGCCUGGCUGGGGCCCCGCCCCCCAACCAGAGCUGGGUGCCGGGCUGAGAGCAGCCGCCCGCGCCCCUGGUGCCCUGCCCCGCCCCAAGGGGCCUCUGUCUUCCCGUCCUGAUCCCCGGGUCCCCAUCCCCGAUUCCAGCCUCACGGGAGGAUCCAGGAGACAGUCCCAGCCCUGCUAGAGACCUCGCUCUGAAGCUGACCGCUGGGGAAGUGGUAGGGAGGGGCCGGGUUCCCAGACGGCUUCCUGGCUUCCUUCCUGGGUUUUCCCACCGUUCCUGCCCAAACUCCUGAGACCAGUACCCCCUCUUCCCGGGCCAGGAAACCUGUUGGGAGUGGAGGCUGAAUUCCAGGCUAGGUGGGAGUUGGGAGCAAAGUGGGCCACGCUGCCCUGAAGCCUAUGGGAGAAUGGGCCUGGGGCAGGCGGGGGACGUCUCUUAAUCAAAAAUUUAUGUUCCACUUGCGGGACCCUCGCAGCAAUGAAUUGCCCACCCCAAACUCCAAUCUGAUUUCCAGUUAACACUUUCGCACUGGUCUUAGCCUUACCCACCUCAAGCCAGGAACCCCUUCCAAAAACACAUUCACGCCUACCUAUUGGCUGUUCACCCUCAGCGGUCCUUCAGCUCUAAGCCCUAUACCACUCUAAGAUCCUGACCACCCUGGCCCAGUCCCUCCCGCCUGCCCUUGACCACCCAAGCUUCUCCUCUCCCGUUGGAGUCAAUCCCCCUUUACAACCUCCCAUCACUCCCAGUACUGGUCUCAGCUCUGGAUCCAGUCCCCCAACCCAACACCCCUUACUCCGUGCCAGUCCUGGCUCCUCUCCCAUAUUUAUAAGUAUCCGGUCGGGGCAGGCUGUGGGCGUGGAGUCCCCGGCGCAUAUCGUAGGCAGUGUACCGUGGCUGUGCCGUCAGCGUGUGCGUGUGCGUGUGUGCCGUGUCGAGGCCGUGUAGAGUGCAUUGUACAGCAUAUUUUCAUGAAUAAAAUUGUUUUAAAUAUU